AUGCUGCAACCAGAUCCGGGUUCUCCCUUGCAACCAGAUCCGAGCUCGACCACCACAGAACCUCUGUCGGAAAGCAGUCUCUUGAAAGAUGGCACCGAGAACUCCUCAUGCAAGAAUGGCAAUGUCGGCACAGCUGUGACAAAAGAGUCUGACAGCAGAGAAUUUACCUCCACGUCUUCGCCAAAACCGCCCUACUGCGCUUUAUCAGCGGGCCGAAAAAGAUUUGCCAUCACGAUCAUCACGCUCGUCGGCGCUGUCGGGCCACUGUCGGGCACCAUGUACCUGCCUGUCCUUCCCUUGCUGGCGCGAGAGUUUGGUGUCAGCAACACGAGCAUUAACGCAAGCGUCUCAUUAUUCAUGAUUACAUUUGCUUUUGCCCCUUUGAUAUGGUCUUCCUUUGCCGACUACCGUGGUCGCCGACCCAUCUAUAUCGCCUCGCUCGCCGUUUUCGUCAUCUCUAACCUAUUGAUCGCAGUAUUGCCUCGAAACUUUGCCGUCUUUAUGAUUUUGCGCUUCUUCCAUGCUUUUGGAGCUGGUGCCGUCGUCUCCAUGGGCGCUGGCUCUGUUGCUGAUAUCACCGAACCCGCAAAGCGUGGACGUAAAAUGUCCAUCUUUUUGCUUGGGCCACAAUGCGGCCCCGUGUUUGGCCCGGUCAUUGGAUCGGCCUUGGGCGGAGCGGCCAGUUGGCGUUGGAUUCCAGGCUUCUUAGCGCUUGUUAGCUUUCUGCUGUGCCUAGUCAUAAUUUUCUGCCUUCCCGAGACCCUGCGCUACCGCGCUGGCAAUGGUAGAAUCGCCCAAGAGAAGAGCUGGUUUCUAUGGCCCCCUCGACUGGUGUCUGCUGUCGUCGCUGAGCACGAGCGCGGACCCAAACCUCCCAAGCCGACGCUCAAAGGCUAUUGGAAGCUAUUUUCCUAUCCGCCGAUCGGCAUCGUCUCUGUCAAUACGGCUAUUCUCUAUUCAACCUAUUUUGCAAUAAGUGUGGCACUGCCAUAUGCACUUGAAGACCGAUACGGUUGGACAACAACCACCGUCGGCUUGGGUUAUCUCGCAGUCGGCAUCGCUCUCAUAUGUGGAAACUUACUUGGCGGCCACUUCAAUGACUGGCGUAGAGUGAGGCGAGUUGCCGCGUCGCCGGGGGCAGAGGUCGAGCCAGAGAGGCGUCUCGAGGAUCAGAUAUGGGGAGUCCUCGUCUGCGUUGCCGGCACGGCAAUGUUCGGGUGGUUUGUCGACAGGUCUAUUCACGUCGCAGCCGUCCUCGUAGCCACAUUUCUUGCUGGCUUCGGUGUGAGCUGGGUUUUCAUCGCUAGCACCGCUUUCUUGGGCGAAUGCGUCCCGUUGCAGGCCGUGGGCGCUUUUGCGCUGGGCAACAUGCUUCGUAACCCGGCCGCUGCCAUCGCCUCUGUCGUGUAUCCAAGUCUAAAAAACAAAAUAGGCAUAGCUUGGUUCUUCACAGGCUUCGCUAUUUUUGACUUGGUUGCUGUCGGUAGUGCGGUCAUCAUAUUGCGAAGAUACGGGCCAUAUUGGCGAAAGAAGAAAUCGCAAGCCUCGGGACGUCUUUCACAAAACGGUCGAACAUAG